GUUUGCUCUCGAAUAUUCUUUUUUCUUUUCUAUUUUUCCUUUAGAGGAAUAGUUCGCAAAGCAAAAACCCUAAGAACUCUCUCCCUGCUUUCUAUAAAUCAGACCCAACAAACUCCCCCCCCUCCCUCGUCCUCUUCUACUAGCAGAACCAGAAGAAAUGGCGUCGUUCGCAGAAGCACCACCUGGCGAUUCUAAAGCCGGAGAGAAGAUCUUUAGGACUAAGUGUGCUCAGUGUCAUACCGUCGACAAAGGUGCCGGUCACAAGCAAGGACCCAAUCUGAAUGGCCUCUUUGGAAGGCAGUCAGGAACAACUACUGGGUACUCAUACUCUGCUGCUAACAAGAACAUGGCUGUUAUGUGGGAGGAGAAGACUUUGUAUGAUUACUUGCUCAACCCCAAGAAGUACAUCCCUGGAACAAAGAUGGUUUUCCCUGGAUUGAAGAAGCCACAGGAGCGCGCUGAUCUCAUUGCAUACUUGAAGCAGUCCACUGCGUCUUAAUCAUUUCACACUUUUGGCCUCCUCAUUUUCCAGUUAUUGGAGAUUGCUUCUCACAGAGCAGAUGAUAUUUUUUACCAAUAAAGCAGACUAUCAUAUACAAUGAACAUUGCUAGUCAUUGCUUUUCAGAAAGUUGCCAUAAUUGGCAAGCUUAACAUUCAAUUCAUUUAGCUUAUCUAUUUUGCAAAUGUUUGGUGGAUUACCAAUAAACAGUUUGCUAAUGAUAAUUUUUGGUUUGAUA